AUGAUAACUAAAUUAAGAGCUGAAAAAUGCAUUUUAGCAUUUUUACUAAUCUAAUUUUACAUUAAAGCGUAUACCGCAUGCAUAGAAGGAUGCUCAAGCUGCAAUAUUAGCAAUAACUAAAACAUAUGCAUUAAAUGUUUAGAUGAUUAUGAGUUAGAUUCAAAUAAUAAUCUAUGCGUUUACACUAAAUGCAGCAGUAAUUUGUUUUAUGACAAGAAUCAAUAUGAUGCUAACAGCUUAGAAGGUGGGUGUGUAGCCAUUUGUAGCGCUUUUAGCUAUAAAAAUUUGUAAAGCAAUAUAUGCUAAAGUAAAUUAAAAUGCUCUGUUUAAAAACCUACGCAACAAUAUAUAAAUGAUAUCACAUAGACAAAAGACUUUUUUAUAUAUCAAUAUAAUUAUUAUGUGGUUUAAAAAGAAACUUCAAUGUCUAUUUAUGAUAGAAACAGUUUAAAUCUGAUAAAAAAUUUGAACUUUUAAGCAAAAGAUCUCAAUGCAUUUUAAAUAAAUUCUAUUAUUUUCUUAAUCCAAAGCAAUAAUUCUAUAUCAACUUGGGAUAUUAUAAAGGAAUCUAAAACUGAAAUAAUAUCCCCAAAUCUGAUUCAUCUUGAUUCCCUCACUCAGAUGACUUCUAUUGAUAAUCAUUAUGUUAUGGUUUUUAAUGCUAACUUUGAAAAAGGAUAUGUAUUUUAGAUAUUUUAUGACUUAUUAAAUUAAAUGUUUUCUCUGUCUAAUUCUUUUACAAUAGGCGAACGUAAUUGUUAAAAAGAUAGUGAUAUCGAAUUCCAACAAUAUCUUAAAUUUACAAAUUCAAGAUCAUUUUAUAUUUUAAGCUUCUAAUAAAGGUGA